UGUUUCUGUUUCGGUUCUCAUAGUAGUUAUCCUAUCCGUCAGUUUGUCGCCAGUCUUGUGUCUAUCUUUAUUCUUUCUUGGAAAUCAAUUUCAGUAUAAAAUUUUGACAACGAAUUAUUAGUUAUGGCAACGAAUUUUAAUUAAUAUAUAUAACGAUAGUAUUGAAACAUAAACUAUUAAAAAAUAGUUUAACAAUGUAUUGGAAGGAUGGACGUCUAACCUCACUUUUCAGCCGCUAGAUUCCUCGGACAAUCAUGUGAAUUAUCGAAAGCAUUCCAAUGUAUCAUUUAAAUCGAUCAUAUUUCUCUUCUGCGAAAUAUCGGAGCGCCUUAAAUUAUUCUUCUUUCUUUCUCAAUGAGGUUUUUCGUGAAAUCAAAGUGCAAUAUCUUCGAAAACUCAUAGUACCGGUGCUCCGAGUCGACUUUUUAGCUAAUUAUAAUAUAGUACGAUGACCGAGAAAUCUAGAAAAAUAGUAACCAGAUUUCACCCUACUCACGGGGAAAAUAUCAUGCUACGCGAAGAUAACACAGUGGCGUAUCGUACUGCCAGUUUUGCAAACUCUCUGGCUUUCAGUGAAAAACCAUUACAACCAGGUGAAAUAUUCUUGGUAGAAAUUGAAAAGACUGAAAGAGGAUGGAGUGGACAUAUGAGAUUGGGACUGACUCUCAUAGAUCCUGCGUCUGUGAAUAAUAGUCUACCAGAAUUUGCAAUGCCUAAUCUCGCUAAACUUGGAAAUACAUGGAUAUUUGCUAUUACAAAAAGCCUAUAUGGAUUAUGGGAUGGUUUUGAUAGCUAUGCUCAAAGGAUCUAUGGUGAAAUCCCAUCUGAAGAAAAAAAAUUGAUCACAGAUGGAGUAAAUGUGCAAACUUCUCGUGGAGUUAUUCCAUUUAAUGCUCUCAGACCAAACACAAUUGAUUCUUCUCAAUAUAUAUUACCCACAGAUGCUGGUAGUCGUAUUGGAAUUAUGUAUGUGCCACAAGCUGGUUCUGACAAGGCAGAAAUGCAUUUCAUAAUUAAUGGCGAAGAUCAAGGUGUAUGUGAAAAAGAUAUACCAUAUAAAGCAGGACCUUUACGCGCUGUAGUAGAUGUAUAUGGUACCACAAAACAAGUUAGGAUAGUUCAACUAUAUGGUGCAGUAUCUACCCUACAAAGUGCCUGUCGUGAUGCUAUACUACAGUAUACUAAAAGAAAUGCAGUUGAUUCACUUCCACUUCCAAAGGUUCUAAAAGAUUAUCUAUUAUAUCAAUCACAAUGAAAUUUACGUCAUUCCAUCUUGUCUCUUGAACGUAACACUUUGUAUAGGUAUUUUAGUAUUGACAUAAUUUCUUCAACCAUUUCGAUUUUUCUACAAUUUUCAACGUAUUUAUCGCGUAUAAAUCGUUCUUUCAUUUAUUCUAAUUACUACACAUUAGGGAAGAUAAAUGUAAGUCUAAAGCAAAUUUAGAAUUAUUUUCACUCUUCCAGUUAGCUGUUCUUUCAUUUUUUUCAACAUGUAUAUUUCAUCGUGUAUGUAGCAUAUGUAAUUCACAUGAAUGUUAAACCGUAUCAUGUACAUAAUGUAAGAAGUUGUUGAUGAAACACCGAGUAAAUUCUGAUAAGCAAAGGAGUAUCACGUUUUUUUUUAUUCUUGCAUUUAGCAUUUAUUAGCAAUUACAAUUUUUACAAGUUUAAAAACUCUAUUGUUCGCUAAAUUUACUCACACAUUUCAUGCCGCAUCGUAAAUCGUAUUAUAUGAAGUUUCAUCUAAAAUAAGUUAUACGCAGAAUUAUUGAUGUAUAUCAUAUCGUUCUUUUUUUAUUGUUAUAACUCAUGUAACAAAGAUAAUAAUAAGAUAAACUUGAUCGCACUGUUAACAAAUGCAAAAAUAGAUCCGAUUGACAUAUUCAAUUAAAUACGACAUGUUUUUCCAAAAUAAAUGUAUUUAUAAGAAAAAAAAAAAAAA